AUGCUGCAACACAAAGAGAGCGGAAACAACUUGUCCUCAGUAUCUGAGGGAAAUCAAACAGCAGAAACAGGAACCUCAGCUCAUUCUCAAAAUACGACCUGGGUGAAAGUACAGUCCUCACUUACUUCAAUUGCUGUUACGUUGCAAGACAAGCGAAGUAGAACCUCAUGGAAAUAUUUCCUUUUGAUUGUUUGCAUGCAUAUUUAUGUCAUGUGGACCUCAAUAUUUAUUCCGACCCUUGGUAACUAUAAUUGGGGCGAAUAUGGUGUCUGGGUUUUCAAAGCAGUCAAUUAUGCUUAUACAUUUUCUCUCGACUUGGUUUCCUACAAUGCAAUGAUAGGCUUGGCUAUUACUAGCCUGGUUAUCAUGGUGCUCUAUUUCAUCAUGCUUUUUUUUGCGUACAGAACGGUCAGCAAUACAAGCAAGUACUCGGUUAAAAUCAAGAUGCUAGUAGUCAUAGGGAGUUAUUGCAUGAUAUUUUGUGGUAAUACGUUUGCGUUCAUCAUUUCUAGCUUUAUUGAUUGCAACACUAGUUCAUACAUACACUUGGAGGGUCAGGAUCAACCAGUACAAUCCCUCACAAGAUUCCCCACAGAAGCUUGCUACUUGUCACUCAAUAUUGGGCUCAUUGUUGCGUGUUUUGUGGGUAUUAUCCUUCUUUCUUUGGCCACUUUCAUUGCUCACUCCACAGUGGCUAAUUUGCAUCCCCACAAUAGUGCUCCUUUUAGAAUGGAGUCCUCAUUUACCUUCUCAUUGCUUCUCUCAUUUAAUAACUUGGAAAUCAUGCUCACAUUUGUGAUACCUCAAUCCGUGGUAUAUAUUCGAGCAGUGUUACACAUUGUAUUUUCGGUAGUGUGGUUGAUUAUCUUGUAUUUCCAAACUCCAUUCUUUAGAAGAGUAGAAAAUUCAGUUUACUUUGCGGUUGGAAGCGCCAAACUUGGCGCUGCAAUUGGUUCACUAAUUUCAAGUGUGUCCAACGCUUCAAAAGCAUGGGACUUGGGACUGGGAAUGAUGGGUAUGACGAUAGGUCUUGUUAUUAUUCUAUUUGUGGUGGGGUUUAUUACCAUGGAAUUGUAUUCUCGAUUAGUUUUGAAGAGAGUCGAGUCAUUGAUGGAACGGAUUGUCAUGGAAAAGCAAGGCGUAAAAGAGAGUGGUUCUAUCUUUUCAGAGAAAGCCGUAGAAAAAGAUGCUCUCUCCAUUUAUGUAGAGCUUGAAGAACAUAACUUGUUGCGUUACUUGGCAAUGUAUCUUAGAUUUUCAAUUGGUGAGAUUUCUUUGAAAAAUAGCAUUGUGCCUGAAAACUUACCAAAUAGCAAGGCAUUAUCUUUUGUGAAAGGCAUUUCUACUCAAAAAGCAUUUUCAAACAGCUCUUUGCUGAUUUGCUCUGCUCUUAUUAUUGCUUAUGGAUGGAAUGAUGAGAAUUCAUUCAUUUUUUCAAUUAGUCUUUUAAGAAAGGCUGUUCGUCAUGCAGACCUUUUGGAGAAAAUUGUUAUUAGAGAGAGGGAAACAGAAAUUGAGGUUGAUGCAGCAGAUGCCAAGAAUGUUGUUGAAAUUAAACACACGUUGGAGAACACAACAAAGUGGCAGGAUGAGUUGAAAUCAUUGCAUCGCCUUUUUUGGAAAGAAUUGAUGAAUGAGUUGCCCAGCUCUGACAAGGUGGAUCAAAUGAAUAGAAGAAUCUCGUACUUAACAUCAAAAUGUGAGUCUACAUUCACCAAUCUGAUGGCUAUAGCGUCAAAAGAUAAGACCGUUCUACGAGCUUAUGCUCUCUUUCUAGAACAUUUUAUGUUUGAGAAGGAUUACGCCCAGGAAUUGUUAGCGGAAGCAUUGGCUAUUGAAGAGGAUGAAAACACGAAACGCUCCAAACAAAGACAUCCUUAUAAACGAAUAUUUACCAAGGGUAUGCUUUCCAAGAGUAUCACUCAACCCUUUGAAGAGGCACGAAUGUCUGUGGAGUCGAAACUAGAUUUGGUUGAAUUAGAAAAGGAAGAAUCAUUCAGCGGUGUCGAAGGAAAGGGAGAAUCAAAGAAAGAGACUAUUUUCAAAUUUGCUCUUAGGGUACCACCUCCACACCGUUUUCAAAUAUUCCUUUUGGUUGUGUUAAUAGUGUUCUCGUUUAUAACUCUGGCCCUUUGUUCAGCAUUUUCACUGGCGGUAUCCACUCACAUUUCAGAGGAGCCACAAAGAGAGUAUGAGAUUUGCAGAUCCUCUAUGGCUACAGCAGGUCUAUUUCGAACUGUGAGAUUGAUUCAAAACGUGAUGGAAAUGUUUUCAGGCAAAUACAAUAUCACAGAUGAAUUGAAGGGGUAUUACCAAGAAUAUACAACCAAACGUUACAAAAGAAUGAAUGAUUACGUAGACAAUCUAAAAGUGAUUCCAAAGUAUGCUCAGUCGUCGGCUUUCAGUGAGGGAAUGUAUGAUUUUUAUAUCAAGCCAAAUAUUUCAGUUAUGAUUCCAUUCAUUGCAGAAAAUUCCAUAGAUCAAUCUUUCCUGUCAUACUACUUGCGAAAUUCGUCUAUGGAGGAGAUUAACAACCUUGUUAUCCGAUAUUUCGACAAGAUCACAAACAAAUGGACUGAGUCUGAUUUUAAUACGCCUCUCUACGACUUUGAGUUUUCCUAUUUAUGGGCAAACAAGAUUCCUCUUGGUGGGUUUUAUACCACUUUCUGUGAGUCACUUGUGGCCAACAACAAUAUUGACGCAAAGCAACUUGUGAACUCGCAAAUGGCUGCAUCCUUGGCUGUGUGUAUUGGGUAUGGCGCUUAUGCUAUUAUUUUUGUGUUGCUUUCUAGGAUGGAGCUGACCUCAACAAAGAGAAUCAUAAAGAUUUAUGAAGAAAACAUCUCGAAGAACGUCAUUGGAAGAGUGUACCACGAAUUGGGAUCCAAAGACGACGAUUCUGCACAUCAGGUGUCUAAAAGUAUUCUCACCAUUCCCAAAAACGCUAUUCCUUUAUUUCUGAUGCUAAGUAUAAUUCUCAUUUGGAUUUGUGGAGGAUUAAUGUACAUGGAAACAAGCUUGAAUUUAGAAAAUGCCACAAUAACUGGACAAACAAUUACUGCUGGAUCCUUUGUUUUGAGAGUUGUGCACAGAAUCGCUUACCGAGUGGGAGAAUAUUUCACGUUUUACAGCAUUCCACCAGGCGUCCCAGUUAACAACCCCUUACUUACAACAAAUGCAGAACUUUUGGCUUAUAGACUUCAAGUGAGAUCCUACAUUGCGGAUAUUAAUAACAAGUUCAACAAUUUAGUGUAUGGGCAGUACAAAACUAUUGGCAGAUAUGAGAGGAUUGAUGAGCUGUUGAAAGGUGUUUCGAACUGUUCGUUGCCCUCCAACUCUACGUUUUUACAACGUUAUGCAAGCUGUGUUGGAUUGGAAAAUAUGAUUUCUAUAUAUGCUAGUCAGACAUCCAUGCUAAAUGAUAAGCUGUUCAACAAGGAAUAUCAGAACAAGACAAUCGAAGCGUUCGAAGAAUAUUUCUUACUCGCUUUAAUGGGAGACGCUCUUUCGGACUCUAUUAAUUAUUUCAUGAGCUCAUUUGCAAAGGAGGCCUCCAAUCCAAAUCUAGAAAUUGGUAUUAUAUUCACUAUUAUCGGGAUCUUGGGCCUUUGUGUCCUUAAUUACAACUUUUACACUUCCAUGACCACUCAUUACAGGCAUGUCCAAAGUUUAAGAAUGAUGCUCAAUUACAUUCCUCUGAAUAACUUGGAUUCCAAUGAGACGCUUCGUAACUUUGUUUUGCACAACCAAAUUCCAAACAAGCUCACGGCGUUCUUACAGAGUCAAAACAAGAAGGACUUUUCCCACAGUGAUACAUCAGGCAUCAGAGCUUUGCUGAACGCAUCAGUCGAUGGCGCUAUUUUGUGCAAUGCAAGUGGACUGAUAGAUCUGAUAAACCCAGCUGCACAAAGAAUGUUUGGGUACAAACAAUCAGAUAUUGUGGGUAUGCAACUUUUCACAGUAUUCCAAAAAGGAGAUCGAGAAACUAUUGAACGUACAAUUAAUGAGCUUAAAUUGAAUACUAGGAACAGUCAUGACGCUACCUCUGGAGACAGUCUAGAAUUGGAAUGUGUACGAAAGAAUCAGUCCACAUUCCCUGCAACCAUUAACAUGUUUACAGCCAAUCUUGGAGGUUCUCAAAUACUUGCUUGCGUCAUUAAAGAUGUUACACAAGAAAAGAAACACAACGCCCUAUUGGCAGAGGAAAAAUCAAAGUCAGAGCACUUACUUAGAAAUAUAUUACCAGAGGCUGUGGCUGCUAAAUUGAAAUCAGGCGAGACAUUUAUUGCAGAGAAGUUCAACGAUAUUACAUGCUUCUUUAGUGACAUGGUCAACUUUACGAAAAUGUCAUCCUCACUCAAUCCCUCUGAACUUGUUACCAUGUUGAAUCACAUUGUCAAUGGGUUUGACGCACUGACUGACAAGUAUAAUUUGGAAAAGAUCAAAACCAUUGGAGAUGCCUACUUUUGUGUUGGUGGAUUACAUUUGCAAUCUACUUCAGAUCAUCCUGAACGUUGUUUGAGGUUUUCUAUUGAAGCCCUCACCGUCGUUCAUGAUUACAACAGAACCAAUAGUGAUCAGCAAAUUAACAUUAGAAUUGGUCUAAACACGGGAGGUGCAGUGGCAGGUGUGAUUGGAACUAAAAAGUUUGCUUAUGACUUGUGGGGAGACACCAUCAACGUAGCUAGUAGAAUGGAAUCAACUUCAUUGCCAGGUAGAAUACACCUCAGUAGAUCUACAUAUGAAAGAGUUCAUGAUCUGGAGUUUGACUUUGAAGAACGAGCAAUAGAAGUGAAGGGAAAGGGAAAGUGUCAAACGUACUUGCUAAAGCCUCACCAUCAUGUCAACCCAUUGUACAAUGCUUUGGAAGAGCUGACUAAUAAUUUCCAAACCAACCUCGAACAACAUUCAGAUUAA